AUGUCAGGAGUCCAAUACAAACAAAGUUCCUACGUCGAAUAUAACUGUGGACUUGUCAUCGGUAACACUGGAUUUUUCACACGAGACUCUUGA